AGUCAGAUUUGGUUUCAUUGCAAUGCAAUAGCGUUAUUCUGCUAACUGUGUUAGUAGUUAGCAUAUACUAACACGGUGAGAUGAGAAGCCACGUAGGCGAGCCGCGAUCGGACGGUGGAGUGGAAGAAGAGCAGCUUGUGGCUCGGCUGAACCAAGCCUCUUCCGUUUUUUUUUUACAAUUAAAAAAAAACAACCUUUUCAUUUAUGUUUCAUUUUCUUUUCUCUCUCCAUCAUUUCAUUUUCCUUUCUCUCCCACUCUCCAAAACUGCUCUCUUCUGUUCUUCUUCUUCUUCUUCCUCUCUCUCUCCCAAAUAAUUCAAAAUACCUCUCGACAACGACAGGUGUGAGAAACACGACGCCGGCGACGAGGGAUACAGGCAGGAAGAAGACGGCGGUGCUUGGCAACGCCGGUAGCGGUGCUUGAAGAAAGACGAAGUCGGCCGAGCAAGAAGGAAGACAUCGACGCUAGUAGCGCGAGUAAGACGACUACACCAGCUGCGAAGAGAAGAAAUUUUUUGAGGUGUUUUGGA